AUGGUAAUUAGGGUUCAUCUUUCAACCCGUCUGAUCAGUUUCUUUUAUAUGAUAAAUGGUAUUCGCUCAUUUGAAAUUCGAAAAGCAAUCAAGCACUGUUGUUUACCGUCCGAUGAGCAUGGAGAUAAAAAUAAUUAUGAAGGAUGCAUAAGUCAUGGACCAUGGGGUGGUUCAAAGGGGAAAAGCUGGACUUAUAAGCCCAAAGGUGUCACGAAAAAGAUAACUGUUACACAUUCGAUGGUUAUCAAUUUCAUCAAAUUCCAAAGCAAAGGUCGUACAGGUGAAAUUGAAAGCGGCUAUUAUGGUGGAAUCUGUGGCAAUCAGAAGGACACGAUUUGCAUCGACUACCCUAAUGAAUACUUAACGUCAAUAAGUGGGACAUUUGGCAACUACUUUGGGUAUGUGUUCGUGAAGUCAUUAUGCUUUGUCACAAAUCAGAAAUAUUAUGGUCCUUAUGGGUUGGAUGUUGGUACUCCAUUUUCAUAUGACGGGAAAGGUGGUGUGAUUGUGGGAUUUCAUGGACGUGUUAGCACACACCUUGAUGCUAUUGGGAUAUAUGUGAUGCCUGAAUCACUUGCAUUUGGUCGAAACUCUACAACUAAAGACAAUUCCAUGCAUGAGUUAUGUUCUACCAGUAUAUCUAGAAUGUCAAUGCCAAGGGAGGCAGGACCUUGGGGGGUUUCUGGAGGUAAACCUUGGGAUGAUGGGGUAUUCUCUACUGUCAAACAAGUCCAUGUUCACGUUGGAGAGUCGUUGAAGGUGAUUUAUUCUGUGCAAUUUAAAUACGUUAAAUGGGAUGCUAAAGUAGUUUUAUCGCCAAUGCAUGGAGGAACAGGUGGAGAUCAAAUCGAAUCGGUUAAUUUGGAUGGUACAGAUGAGUAUUUGACUGGGAUCUCAGGAUUUUAUGGACCCGUAUACGGAUAUAAUGGAUUGGAAGCUAUAACGUCUAUCACUUUUCACACAAAUAAGAUGAAACAUGGGCCUUAUGGAGAAGAAAUUGGUGCAGGCUAUACUUAUUUCACUUCAAGUGUAUCUCCUGGGAAAGUAGUUGGUUUUCAUGGCAGGAAUUAUGGUUUCUUAAGUGCAAUCGGUGUUCAUAUGGACUAUUUCUGA